UGUUCAUCCACACGUGUACCAAAAAUCUGCUAUGAUAUAUCUGGAAAAUGGACAUUUUAUCUAUACUUUUAAUUAAUAUUACGCUUUACGUUUCUUUUGUUGUAUGUAGGAACUGUCGAACAAAUUCGUUUCAUCAACACACACAGGAAAACUUUGAUCCUGUCAAGUUUCAGGGACGUUGGUAUGCGAUGUCGACCAAUAAUUACUGGAUUAGAUCAUAUUUCGUUCCUCAGAAUGUACAGUUAGAAUUUAAUGCGUUACAAGAUGGCAGAAUAAGUGUUCAAGCGUCUGCCAGUUUCUUUGGAUCGUUCUGUGACUAUGUAGCAGGAUCAGGGAAAAUUUUAGAUAAAGAAAAACCAGCAGUGUUCGAUGUCUCGUUUGAAACUAAUUAUUCAUUAGCCAAAAAAGUAAACACAUAUUGGGUUUUAUCUACGGAUUAUGAAAGCUAUGCUGUAGUUUUUACAUGCUGGAAUACACUUGAAGAUGGGACAUGUGAUCCAGAAGAAUCUUAUAUUUGGACUUUUACCAGAAGUUUGUCGGGGCAUAGUUUGUCCGAUCUUGCAGCUAUAAAUGAUGCUGUUCCAUUUGUGUGUAUGUCUCCAAGGGAUUUUAAAACUUUUCAACAAGAUGGAGGAUGUGAUUUUAAUCCUUUUAAUUUUCCGAACACAUAUGGAAUGGUGUUUAUAAUGUCAACUGUCUUUAUAGGAUUUAUUAUCUUUUUAGUGUUUUUUAUUUACUGCUUGACAAAAGUAAGCAAUGGUGGUGAAGGACCACAAAGAAAGGGAAAUGUUAUAAUAUUUAAUUAAAUAGAAGUAUGUACUUAUCAGUCAUAAGUAUAUGUGGAUUGAUUAUUGAAGGUUGGUCUUCGGCUGGCUCAUAGUGUAUGUCGUAAAACUAUCACAAUUUUUCCUACUAAAAAAUUAAAUUCAACUUGAAAUUUAAAUUCAAAAUCAAUUCCGUGUGUUUAAGUGAAUCAUUGACGAACAAUAGUUCUAGAGAUGCAGAGUAUAUAUAUAUAUGCAUUGAGAUAACAGCAGUAGCGCGAAAACAAAAAUCAAAAGACCUAUAGAGAUCACCAUACUGUGUUCAGGAAUUCGGCGAUUAAUGUCAAGAUCUAAAUCACACGAGUCCAUAAAAGUUUGAAUGCAUUCUCAUCCCGUCCCUUUUACUCGCGAUCAAUGGAAAAAUAAUAGGCAGACGAUCUUUACUGUAGUUAUGUGAUUGCAUAUACACCAUUGGUAUUCAGUGACUUUGUCUUCUGUAUGUUUCUUGUCUGCUGUUGUUUCUGCUGUUGUUUUUAAUUAAAAGCAGUUC